AUGUGGGACAACUUGAAAACUACCACGGGCCCCAGUGCUCACCAGCUGCCGCCUCCAGAGCUCAAGAAGCGACAAUUCCUUCGCCCAACCCAGACUCUUCCUCUAAGCAAAUCCACCUCGAGUGUCAACAAGCUCAGAAACAGCGACGAAGAUCAGGACCGAGCCUUUUGGCAGAGCGACUUUGACAACCGACUCAACGGCCUCGGUAUCCAGAACGGCCCUUUCAAGUACGAGAUUCGCCGUGGAAAGACGGUUCUACAGCCAGACGGUUCUGGUCCACGUCAAAUCUCCCCUCCACUCGAUUCAGACGAUCUCAGAGUACGGGCUCCUCCCAGGAAUCAACGACUUAAGGCCGACGACCAAGCUCACUGGCGUCCUACUUCCUCCAUCUACGGUGACGAGGACGACAGUAACAACCACCACUCCCGUUCCCACUCCCACUCCCGCCCUCAUCGCAAGCCUUCCACUACUGGUCGCUCCAAGGCCAAGGCGCCUGCCAAAGACAUGUACGGUCGCCCAACGGCCAUUGAGAUCUCCCCGCCCAGCUCUCCCGAGUUCGACGCUGCACGAAAUGGGGGAAAUCAUGAAGAUGUCUCACCUAUCGAUGAGGCACCCGAUAUGUCUCAGCUAGAGCUUCUUCAAGAUGCUCGACAUACACCCUCCCCUCAGUCGCACGCACAUCCUCGCAGCCAAAUUCCGACCAUGCGUCGUGACAAGACAAGGGACCAGGAUCAUAGACCUUCUCCCCUUCGAGAGUCCAAGUCAAUCGAUCAGCUCAGAGACCAGCAGGCCCUCUCUGGCAAACCUCCGCACACGUUUGGGCUCACUACUACCGUGACGGGACCUCGGGCUCUUCGCCCUUCCAACCCUCCCACGACAUUUGGACAGCGGAUGCGCAAGCUCAGAUUGAAGGCCGAGCCAGUUGAGAAUCGGCCACCAUGGAACGGAGCCAGUGGCCGUGCUCCUUUGGUUGACCCAGUUCGAGACGACCCCUCUGUUGUGCCGUUGUCUCUGCAGCGCAGGGUCAGCAAACGGGUUGGACUUGGCGGUGGCACAUCUCCCGAAAGUCCCAGCGGCGCAGCUUCGACGGUCCGACGACUGCUUCCUUCGCGGUCCAAUCAGAAGCUCAAGGAUGCUAGCAAAACACCAUCACCCGAGCCUACAUCGCAAGCCGGUACCUCACAUGCUUAUCCUAGCCCUCCCUACUCUAGCUCUCCCCCCUCUCAUCCGCCAGUCGCGUCUCAUGCCGCACGGCCGGUUCAUGCGGCGCCCCUGCUCACCCCAACUACGAUGCCUGAUCAGCAAAAGGCCAUUAAAAGAAAGCCGUCGCCCUCCGCUCACCUCUCUCACGCUUCUUACUCGAGUUCGGUGUACUCGGCCCUGACGGAACAGACUGCUUCCGGUCCCGCACCUCUCCCCAACAACCUCGAGCCAACGAGCCUAUUUGCGCCUGAGGAUCCUUGGGUUCAGCCCCCUUCGCGUUUCAGCGUUACCACAUGCAACACGGCCGCUCCCGAAUCACCCCGCCUCACUGACGACGAAGAUCGACCACCAAUGCCCACUCCUCCAAAGCCCCCGUCGAUGAUGGACCGUAGGAGGCCAGUUCCCGGAGGUGAUAGUUUCAAGAGGGCCUCAAAUGAUCCUAUCAUUAUCUCGAUGAAGACAUCUAGUCUCUCUCUGAGGUCGGACGCGGCAAGCCAAGAUCGAACGAGCACUGAGAGGCCUCCGUCCAUUCUUGUGACUGACAAAGCCCUCCCACUUGCACCUCCCGAAAUGCAGUCAGCAAACGACCGUGUUGCGUACCUUACAGCCCGACUGGACAGUCUAGCCCACCGGCGCAACAAUAUCAACAAGAGUAUCAAGCAAAUGACGGAGCUGAUGCCUACCGACAAUCUCUUGGCGAGCUCGGAUGUUAUUCGCAGGCGCGAGAUCGAGAAGAAGAAGGUUGAGGGGCUCAAGGAGGAGCUGGCGGAGAUUCAACGUGAGGAAUAUGACUUGGGCUUGAAGCUCUACCGAGCCAACAAACGACUCGAGAGAGAAGCCGCCUUUGAGCCGUCGUCGCUGUGGGUCAGACGAGUCACAUCGUGA